AUGGCAGUCGCGUUUUCGCUAACUAGCCAUGUCCUCGUUCUGAAAGAUGUUGGACUUAGAAACGUCGAGAAGGCAUUCCCAGCAAUCCAAAAAUAUAUAACAGUUGGCGGCAAUAACUUAAGUAACAACAAAUCUGCCGCCUUUAUCUUCGAGCUGCAAAAUCCUUUCAAAGGGACACAGACCUCUCCAAAAAAGGAACUUUUAAGUCACUCCUGCCAACCUAAUGAAAAGAUCUGCCGGUUUAAACUGCUGAAACUGGCGUCUGCUGUGAUUUUGCCCGUGGAGAUUUCGCUUGUCCCUUCGGACGCUUCUGCCGACAGUUUCUUCGAUAUUCUCCUGUGGAAUUUGGUCAAUGCGUCCUCAGAUAUGUCUGACAUUGUGACAGUGCCGAUUUCAUAG